UUAUCGUCCAGUCUCCCUUGCUUCCUCGCUGCCUCUAAGCUAUUUAAAUUGAAAUUUUACUUUCAAAUAGCUAGGUUCCUUCUCCCUGAAGGACGAGCAGGUCGACUCCUGUUGGAGUGGCCUGCACCAGCUACAGGCGUCGUUGUUGUUGUUGUUGUUGUUGCUCAUCGUCAGACACUGAGAGGAGAGAUUCUAUGAGACGUUUCACCCGUCCACAUCUUCCCUCCUGAUCCAUCGCUGCCGGCUGAGACGCCAAUUUAUGAGGCAUCGAUAUCUCCAGAUCUCACAUCCAUCUCCACCACGGUGUGUUUGGAGGUUGAUGGAGACGAUGCUGGCGACGCUGGUGCUUCUGACGUCGGGAGCCGGAGGUGCCGGGUGGUCGGUGACUUUUGAGGAGACGGAUCUCUGCGCUCCGCUCGGAGCCUCGGUGGAGAUCGGCUGCUCGUACGACUACACGGCCGGAGAGACGGUGCAGCAGACGGCGUGGCACAAGGGGCGGCUGCAGCGCGGCCUCUGGACGCGCGUGGCGCUCGCCGACCUUCCUUCCUUUCAGAAUCGGUCCGAAUAUCUCGGCGACCGGCGGCACGACUGCGGCCUGGCGAUUCACGACCUGCGGGUCAACGACUCCGGGCAUUACUACUUCUGGUUCGACACGGAGACGUUCGGAAGGCGGAGUCAAGGAUCGGUGUAUCUGACCGUCACGGCCGAUGCAGAGCUGAGUGCCAGCGUGUUGCCCGCCAGCGUGAGAGCUGGAGACCACGUGACUCUGACGUGUCUGACGUCCUGCCAUCCUGCCACCACAGUGUGGUUUAAAGACGGACUUCCUGUCGCCAGGACUCAGUUCCAGGCGAGAGCAGAGGAUUCUGGGAACUAUGUGUGUGCCGUUAAAGGAGUGGAAUCAGUUCUCUCUGAUCCUGUGGCUCUGGAUGUGCAGUACCCCCCAUUGAACGUAUCCGUGGAGAUGAGUUCUUCGGCCAGCGGAGUGAAUCUGACCUGCAGCGGUGCCGCUAACCCUGCAGCAGACAGGUACACCUGGUACAGGGGUGCUGGUUCCAGUCCCGGCCCCCUGCUGGAGGUGGGGUCAGGACGGGUGCUGUCUCUGGCCUCUGGGGGGGCGGCCCACGCCGGCCUCGACUACCGCUGCCGGGCCAGCAACCACCUGGGGGGAAGCUACUCACCUGGGCCGCCAGUCACACCAGACUCCACCGACAUAAGCCGCGUCGUCCUCUGCGUGGGGAUUGGAGUGAAAUCCUUUGUGCUCCUGUUUCUGCCUCUUGUUAUUAUUUGGAGGCUGAGACGUAAACCUGCGGCGCACAAAGAGGAGAGCUGUGAUUAUGAAAACGUCAUCACAGUCUGAAGAACACGGCGAAGGAGACGUGAGCAGCUGCUGGAGAACACCAAGAAAACUUCACACACACACACACACACACACACACACACCUACACCGACUCCAUAUCAUUACACUAUUUUUCUUUUUGUUCUGUCUUUCUUUUUUCUUUUGUUGUAAGCCCAGUUGUUUUUUUGUCUCUUUCUGCACUGGGAGAUUCAUUUAUCUUUGUUGUGAUUUUUCUUUUUAUUGUUUGAAUUGUGCAAAAGAAUAAUAAUAUAAUAUAUAUAUUAAUUUUAUUUUUAUAAUAUAUAUAUAUAUAUAUUAUAAUAUAUAUAAUUUUAUUUUUCAUAAUAUAAUACAUCUUAUUUUUUUAUAAUAUAAUAUAUAUUAUUUUAAAUUGUUAUAAUACAUAUAUGAACAUUAUGUGAAACUGUCUCUUUAAAUAAAAUGUACCACUUUCUUCUUUA